AUGUUGCACGAAACGGAAGAGCUUAGCCGUGACCUCAAAAAACUACACCUAAUUAAUUCUUCCCCUAAGAAUAUAAAGUAUGUAAAGUAUAAGCAUGGCAAAGUCGCCCGAGCGCAGCCUCUGGGUGUUGCUCUCGGCGAUGAUUCCGCCGAAGUCAGCAAAUUGGCCAAAUACGCCAAGACACGUGAAAAAACGGAUGUAGAUAUCGCUCUUAUAAGGGCUGCUAUUAAAAACAAUCUUGUUUGUGAUGCUUUGAACGAAUAUGAAGUGGACGCCUUCGUUGGAGCUAUGUCUUCUUUUGAACUUCCACAAGGCGCAACGGUUGUUACCCAAGGUGCUAAUGGAGCGUACUUCUUCAUCAUCAGUCACGGCGAAUUCGAUGUGUAUGUCGACGGUGAACUUGUGAAUUCCAUGUCGCGAGGCACUGCCUUCGGAGAAAUAUCACUUAUACACAACACACCAAGGAGCGCAACAGUGAAGGUUAGAGAUUGUGCAGGGAACGUAGGGAAGCUCUGGGGGGUUACAAGGCUAGUAUUUCGUGAAACCCUCAAACGCAUAUCGCUUCGUAACUAUGCGGAAAACCGUGAAUUCCUUGACUGUGUUACCAUAUUCGAAAGCCUAUCUGACGACAAGAAAAAUUGCAUUACGAACGCCCUUGUUGAGUCACGUUUUUCUCCUGGCGAGUGCAUAGUUAAGCAAGGUGAUUCUGGAGAUGACCUCUACAUUAUUAAGCAAGGAAACGCAGAUGUUUAUGUAGAUGGUGUAAGGGUACGGACCAUCUCAAAAGGUCAAUACUUCGGCGAAAGAGCUAUUUUAUAUUGUGAAACACGAAGUGCAACCAUACAGGCAAUCGACGAUACUACAUGCGUGUCCUUAAGUAGGGAUAUCCUCCUGAACGUCUUAGGGAAUCUGAACCACGUUCUUUUCAGAAAUAUUAUGAUGGAGAGUUUGCAACAUUCCGAUGUUUUCAGGCAAUUCACAGGUGAACAAUUAUGUGAACUAAUUGAAUCAGCAAGCAUACGUAGCUUUCGUAAAAAUUGCACUGUUUUGGAUAGGGAAAAUGGUCUCAAGGGAAUACGGUACUUUAUUGUUCUUGAGGGUUCGGUGAAAGUUCUAUAUAAUAAUGAUGAGAUAGGUAUCAUGGAAAGAGGCGAUGGCUUUGGUGAAGAGUACAUUACUCAUCCCAAUGUUCCGUUCCGCCACACCGUCGUUGCAUUAGGUGGUAGUAAUUAUGUGGGCUGUAAACUAGCUCUUCUAACGAAGCAUGCCAUACAACUCGUUCUGGGGGGAGAAAAUCUGGGCGAAAGGUUGGAUUAUAACAACAAAAUGGUUGCCAUUCGUAAGGUCCAUAUAUUUACCCACCUCUCUGAUACGCAAAUAGACAAACUCAUCAAAGCAAUAAAAACCAUUCGCUACAAACAAAACGAUACUGUAUUUGUUGAAGGGGAAAUAGGAGAUACGUUGUAUAUAAUCAAAAGUGGAGAAGUUGCAAUCAUAAAAGAUGGUAUUAAAAUUAGGACUCUUGGGAAACAUGACUAUUUCGGCGAACGGUCUCUCUUAUAUGAUGAACAAAGGAGCGCAUCGGUAAUCGGAAACGCCUCUCAAAUCGAUCUUUGGGUGGUGGAAAAACCUAUAUUUAUGGAGAUAAUGGAACCUACAAUGUUGCAACAUCUAGAGAAGAGGAUCAAAAUGCAGGAUACCCGGGUACAAUUUCAAGAACUCAAGGUGGUGAAAACUAUAGGUCAUGGAACGUUUGGUACCGUCAAACUAGUUACCCAUGAGACAACGGGCGUAAGGUUUGCUUUGAAGUGUGUCAGCCGGAAGUGCAUUCGAGCUCUCAAGCAGGAAAAACAUAUCAAACUAGAGAGAGAAAUUAUGGCGCAGAAUGACCAUCCUUUUAUCAUUCAAUUGGUGAAAACCUUUAAAGAUGCUGAAAAUGUCUACUUUCUCACGGAACUCGUUACGGGAGGCGAACUGUACGACGCAAUCAGAAAAAUCGGACUGCUGUCGAGAUCCCAAGCACAAUUUUACAUAGCCUCCAUUGUUUUGGCGUUUGAGUAUCUCCAUGAAAGACAAAUCGCAUAUAGAGAUCUCAAACCUGAAAACAUUUUGCUCGACGAGCAGGGGUAUAUCAAAUUGAUAGAUUUCGGAUGUGCCAAAAAAAUAAAAGGCAGGGCCUACACCCUCAUCGGGACGCCACACUAUAUGGCACCCGAGGUCAUACUCGGCAAGGGGUAUGGUUGUCUAGCAGACGUCUGGUCUUUCGGCAUUUGCCUAUAUGAGUUUAUUUGUGGCCCUUUACCUUUCGGAAACGAUGCUCAAGAUCAAAUUGACAUAUUCAGAGAUAUUCUGAAAGGAAAUUUGUCCUUUCCCGAAUAUAUCAAGGACCAAGAUGCUAUCAAUAUCAUUAACAGAUUGUUAUGCAGGGUGCCUGAGAGUAAGUACUCUGCGUUUUUGACUGACAACAUACAGGAUUUCGACUGGGACAAACUGUCUGGAAGAGCUAUGCAACCGCCUUAUGUGCCCAACGGCGAAACGUACAACGAAGACGAGGUCCAGGAACAAGUCCAGGCAUUCCAAGAAAUGGAUGAUAUUAAGACAGACGAUGAUUGGGAAUUAGAUUUUUGA